UUAAUUUUCGGUUUCAUUGAGGAUGUGGAGCAAUCAAUGUGGCAUAGAUCUACCAAGUGACUAAAGAAGAGUGGCAAGAAUUCCAAGUAGCUACUGUACAUCUGUUACUACUACUACCACAGUAUAGUGCCAGUUUCAUAUGUAUAUAACUAGCUGAGUGGUUUUAAUAGCGAUGGCUACUGUAAAGAGUCUAUGGUUGAUCAGAGUUUUGCCCUUUUUCAUAAUGAUGUGGAUGGUAAACUCCAAGAAUGGUGUGUCCAUUAGGUUGAUGGGGCAAGAACUGACCAGCGGUAUCAGUCAAGUUUGUCUGAGUAACAUUGGAGAGCAGCCAUCACGAGCUAAUGCAACGAUGGGAGUACCAGACACAGUGGAGGGUCCUGCCCUGGUGUGUGUCACUAACAACCGCAACUGUUGUAGGCCAGUGGACAAUCCUAAUGGCGGGGGAGUCGGAGAUUGGACAAUAAAUGGAUUUCCAGCACCUGGUAUUAAUGCAGUACCACUAGCUCGCGUCUAUAGGAAUCGAGGUACUGGUCUGGUGCGAAUUAAUGCUCAAUCUGGCAUUGAAGAUGCUGUGGGAGUGAUUGGACAAUACUGCUGCACGAUACCUGAUAUGAGCGGUGUCUUCCAGGAACUCUGUGUUGAAGUUAACAAUGACACAAUGUGCAACUCAAGUGUUAGUAACCAACUUCCAGAAGAACUUACUACUGAUUCUACUACAGAAAAUCCAACUACAACUCCAGCUUGUGCUAACAAAUCACCUGCCACGUUCAUACUGGCUGGAAUUGUGGCAAUACUGAGUAUAAUAAUUCUACUUCUAAUUAGCCUCGUUAUACUGCUGUUCUACAAGUACAAGAGAGCCAAACAAUCACAUGAUGUAAUGGGAACACAAGAUGUAGUACAAGCGAUUGCUACAGACAUUGAUCUGAAUGAUAACCAGGCGUAUGGGAAAGCUAGAGAAGCUCAAAACAAGGCAAUGUCACAGGAGGCUGGACAAACUACUGAACUGUAUGAUUACAUACCAAACACCCUAUUCCAAGGCCACCCUCCAGGUGCUCAAACGAGUGCUAUGGACGACAGUGAAGGAGUUGUGUCCAGUGAGGUGUACCAGGAGAUAUCAUGAAACUGACUCCCACUUUUAAGUGCUAUGCAUACUUUUAGCGAAUUCACUGUUUUUGUGACCACAUAAUUAUGACGUGGAUUCAAUUGUGUUAUUCAUCUUGAUUAAAUAUGUAUGUUUAUGCAUCCAUGACAAAUGUUUACACAAACAGUUGAGAAAUCAGAAGGUGAGGCUAAUUAGGUAGAUCUAGUGUGAGAGAGACUGCAUUAAGAAAUUAGAAAAAUGAAACUCACUAUAAAGAUUCAUUUCUUGCUGUAUGUCAUCCUAACGAGUGC